CUCAGGAUGUUCAGAAUAUUCAAAUUAGUUUUUCGUAAGAUCUCGACGUGCGCUGUUGUCUGCGGGAAACGUUUUCAAAAGUGCUUCCUUUAAUCACUUUUUUUAAGGGAUUAUAAAAAUAUCUAUAAUUCAUUAAAUACAAUAUAGUAUUUUGUGAAAAUAUGAAUUCAUCGUCGGCAGUGCGUCGGUAUCCACACAGUUUUUCAAUUGAACAAAUUUUGGCCAAGCCGCAAGUGCAAGUUCCUAGUGCGAGUUCCUUUCAAGUGAUUUCAAGUGGCCCGCCCCAGGGGCAGGACGAUGGUGGGCGUGGCAAUAUCUGUGAUGUUUCCAGAGCUUCAAGUCCAGCCACAUCGAGUUGCCAGGAGGAUACUCUGGACGACGGCAAAAGUGAUAUGGAAUUGACUUCAGACGACGGCAACGGACUAGGCGAUGAUCGUAAGAAAAGGCCAAGAACAGCAUUCUCGGCUGCCCAAAUAAAGGCUCUGGAAACGGAAUUCGAGAGGGGGAAGUAUCUAUCGGUGGCCAAAAGAACAGCCUUGGCCAAACAGCUUCAAUUGACGGAAACACAGAUAAAAAUCUGGUUCCAAAACCGACGCACCAAGUGGAAACGGAAGUACACCUCGGACGUGGAGACACUGGCCUCGCACUAUUAUGCCCAGCUGGGAAUCGGUGGACUGGCCAGGCCUAUGGUGGUGGGUGAUCGUCUGUGGCUCUUUAGCCAGACGCCCACUGGACCCACGCCCAUUCAAUCGAUAAUGCUAAACGGCAGUGGAUCUGCUGCUCCCUUAGCGUCUGCCAGCGGUCCUGGGCCGGGACCAACAAUGCGUUCCUACACUGCCAGCGGCGGAAUGCCACCUUUGCCAGGACCUAGUGUAAUGGAGAGUGCUCGCAAUGCCAUCCUGGCCCGAGGACAGCCACUCAACUUUGCCAUGCCCUUUGGAGUGGCCAAGCCCCCAGUCGGAGGGCUUCCAUCUGGAAGUUAUAUACCGCGUUGCAAGUCCUAUGCCGGAAGUUAUGUGGACUUUUCCGCGCCUCAUCCGCAAAGCGAGGCCUACCUGCAACUAAAGUAUGCAGCACUGCCGCCGGAAACCGAAACGGCAUCCACGAAUGGCUUGGCAGAGCUGGAGCGGGUCUUUGGCGAUGCCAACGCUAACUUCCUACAGCACCGGAGCACCCCAGUUUCGAGCAGCACAACAUCCUAUGGCCACGAGGGCCUAGUUCAGGCCCAGAGGAGCCGGAGACCUUCGCAAUCAGAGUCCGAGUGCAGCGACAUCGACUGUGAGCAGCUGGACGAGGAGGAGUAGGCGACUGUUGUGGAAUAGAUGGAAACUACAGCUUUGUUAUCAUUAGAAUUUAUAUUCCGUACUUGUCACACAAAAAUUUGCUCAUACAAAGGGUAGUCAUAGGGGGUAGUCUGUGUCUCGUCUGUGUUGAUUCGAUUACAACUAGCUGAGAGUGGCACACUUUCAGACCUUUCUGGGAUUAUUGGAUCACCCCACGUGGCUCGGCACUGGUCUAGUUCUCGUUCUAGUUCUAUUUAUAGUUCUAGCGCUAGUUAUUGCUAUUCUAUGUUACAUUGUGGGUCGGGUAUUGUUUACUGACUGGCUCUCAACAAUUAAUAAAUGUAAAUUAAA